CGCCUCUCCGAUGGGCAACCUGCUCGGCGGGGUCGGCGUGCGCGAGCCCACCACCGUGGAGGACUGCGACUCCACCUGGCAGACGGACUCGGAGCCCGAGCCCGAGGAACCGGGGCCGGGCGGCGGCGAGGGCCCGGGGCGGGAGCCCGCGCAGCCCCCGGAGCCCUCGGAGCCCCCGGAGCGAGCCGGCGGCCGGCCCCGCGCCAGCCCCGCGCCCGACCGGGACGCCGAGGCGGCGGGCGCCGAGCAGGGGGCUGAUUCUACUGAAGUAUCUGCCAAACCAAAGAGAAGUUUUUAUGCUGCGAGGGAUUUGUACAAAUACCGACACCAGUACCCACAGAACUUCAAAGAUAUCCGAUAUCAAAAUGACUUGAGCAAUCUUCGUUUUUAUAAGAAUAAAAUUCCAUUUAAGCCUGAUGGUGUUUACAUUGAAGAAGUUCUCAGUAAGUGGAAAGGAGAUUACGAGAAGCUGGAAUACAGCCACACCUACAUCCAAUGGCUUUUCCCCCUGAGAGAACAAGGCUUGAACUUUUAUGCUAAAGAACUAACUACGUAUGAAAUUGAGGAAUUCAAGAAAACAAAAGAGGCAAUUAGAAGAUUCCUCUUGGCUUAUAAAAUGAUGUUGGAAUUUUUUGGAAUAAAACUGAUCGAUAAAACUGGAAAUGUUGCUCGAGCUGUUAACUGGCAGGAAAGGUUUCAGCACCUGAACGAGUCUCAGCACAACUAUUUGAGGAUCACUCGUAUUCUGAAAAGCCUCGGCGAGCUUGGAUAUGAAAGUUUCAAAUCUCCUCUUGUAAAAUUUAUUCUUCAUGAGGCUCUCGUGGAAAAUACCAUCCCCAAUAUUAAACAGAGCGCCCUGGAGUAUUUCGUGUACACAAUUAGAGACAGAAGGGAAAGGAGAAGACUCCUGCGGUUCGCCCAGAAACAUUACACGCCCUCGGAGAAUUUUAUCUGGGGACCACCCAGGAGGGAACAGCCCGAGGGCAGCAAAGCCCCGAAGACCCCCGCCCCGCCCACCUCGGGGCAACACAGCCAGACGUCUAUGCACAAAAAACCCAAGGACUCCAAAAAUCCCUCUGCAGCUGUGCGUGUAAAUAGCAAAGCCGCCGAAGACAACAAAGUGGCACCCGGGGAGGCGGGGGAGGAGACAGACUGGCCCAGCUCGGAGGCCGGCAGUGAGGCUGCCAGGCCAGGAGACGCCGAGAGAGAGGGUGACGCCGCCAGUUCCAGUCCUCAACCAGAAGAGACAAUUGCUCGGGCGCCGGAGAAAAAGGAGAGUGCGUCUCCCUCUGAAAAAGAUGCAGAGCGUGCCAACCGUAACAAGGACUGUGCAAGUCCCGGAGAGACAGGUUCCCACCAUGAUGCACUAGUACAGUGAAUUGUCAGGAAGCCCACAAACCCGUGUGCGUGAGGCACAGAGGCCACGUUUCGGAGGGUCGCCGG